GCUGCUUCCGUAAUUACACCGACACACAAGGACGCAUACAAAUCUCCGAUACUGCUGAUGAAUGUGAUGUCUACAUAGAAGCGCCACAAAACUAUUCACUCAGCCUUUACUAUGCGGAUGUUACAUUUGCUGAAUAUGAAUGCACAAAGGAAUAUAUUGAAGUUUUUAACGCUAAUACGAAUAGUUCAUUGCAAAAGAUUUGCUCGUACACUGGCAAUGAUAAGGCGCUCUUCUCUAGCGAGAAUAAAUUACGUUUGCAUGUGAAAAUGAGCGGCUACUAUACAAAAUUCGAUAUUACUUAUUUGGCUAGCCUUGAUGGCCCUGGUUGUGGUGGUAAUCUAUACAAUAAUCGUGGCACAAUCGUUAAUCCAUUCUAUCCGAAUAAUGUGCGAAAUAAUUCCAAUUGUCUUUGGAAUAUUCGCGUACCAUCGAAUUUGCAUGUGUUGCUGCAUUUUGAAGUUUUCGAUCUUGGCACUAAAAACACUUGCCAUUCAGAUUAUUUGGAGAUUAUCGAGUCCAACGAUGAAGGUCCAGACAGAGUUGUUCGACGUUUUUGCGGCGAGGACAAUCCCAAAAUGUACAAAAGCGAACGCAGUUCACUUUCAAUACGUUUCCAUAAAACGCUGAACUAUGAUGGCACUGGCUGGGUUAUAAACUUCCAAGGUGUUUACUCGAAUUAUAAGAUUCCUGAAUUCCUGCAAUAACAAUAAGAGUAUUUUGUUUAAUAUGCUUUUUAUUAAUUAGUGUU